AUGGCUUCACUUGCAACUUUUGCCGCGGCCCAGCCCACCACCGUUAAGGGCCUCGCCGGAAGUUCCUUCGCCGGGACUAAGCUCCAUUUGAAGCCAUCUCAUUUUGGUUUCAAGCCUACUAACAACCGUAAGGCUUGUUCUGUGGUGGCGAAAUAUGGUGAGAAGAGUGUGUACUUUGAUUUGGAGGAUAUCGGCAACACAACCGGGCAAUGGGAUUUGUACGGUUCGGAUGCACCCUCACCGUACAACUCCCUUCAGAGCAAAUUCUUCGAAACGUUUGCUGCUCCUUUCACCAAGAGAGGUCUACUUCUGAAAUUCUUGAUACUCGGAGGUGGGUCGACCCUUGCUUAUGUCAGCUCCCAAGCCACAGGAGACGUACUCCCGAUCGUCAAGGGCCCACAGCUCCCACCCAAGCUCGGCCCGCGUGGAAAAAUCUGA